GGGGGAACCUAGUCAAAUCCGAUUAGAUAGACGAAAAAACCCCUGACAAACUUCUUGGAAGCGGGGAAGCAAUUGCGGUUUAUUCUGGAGAACCAAAGCCAUUUAGCUAAUAAUUCUCUGUUUCUUAACUGUCAUCCGAUGAGGUUUCAUCAAGUUUCUCUCAUCUCUUUCCUUGAAUCCACUUAACAUAUGCAUCUAUAUAAACACUCCAUUGUAGUAACCUUUCCCCACCUCAAAACAAAAUAUAUUCACAUUCUAAAAACUACAUUUUUUUUAUUAAGGGAUGGCUGGGAUUGGCAAGGGUAGUGUUGAAUUUGAGGAUUUGUUACCGGUGAUCGCCGGUAAACUGGGUGGUGAGGGUUUGAUAAAGGAGCUUUGUAAGGGUUUUCGGUUAUUAAUGGAUAAGGAGAAAGGGGUGAUAACGUUGGAGAGUUUGAGAAGAAACUCUGCUAUGAUGGGUUUGCAGGAUUUGAAGGAGGAGGAGCUUGCGAGCAUGAUGAGGGAAGGGGAUCUCGACAGUGAUGGGGUCCUCUCUGAAAUGGAGUUCUGCGUUUUGAUGUUCAGAUUGAGCCCUCAGUUGAUGAAGGACUCGUGGUUUUGGCUCCAACAGGCUCUGCAUCAGGAACUCAACAACAACGUCACCAAAUCUUAGCGCAAAAUCAUACCAUGAUCUUUCUCUUCUACCCAUCAACUCAACCUUAUAGUUCUGUUUGAAAUACUCUCGUUUUUGCUGUCGGAUUGGGAUUUCUUGUUUCAAAUUUUCAGUUGCUUCAAAUAUAACUCAUCCUUCUGCCACUGCUCUAUUGGAUAUUGGAGAAACACAUGUAUUACAUUACACCGUUCGUACAAACUCACACAAAAGAUGAAAACAUAACAAAUGAAUUGUAUGGCUACAUUAUAUAGGUUAAAUUUAAAAUAUCAUUCAACAAA